GAUUUGUCAAAUUACAUGUAAGGUUGACGCAAUGACCAACAGUGAUGCUCCGAUAUUACAUACGUUUUCAAGUUGUUUUGUUUCUGGUGCAAUGCCUUGGUGAAGCAGGAUAUUCGUUGUAUAUCAAUGGAGAUAACUCGUUCACUGUAUAUGCUGACGGGAUUGUCGUUGGAACCGGUGAUGAUUAUGAAACUGUUUACGAAUUCACUUUAUUGCCGAACGUCAGCAUUAUAGCCGUACAUGUGACAAAUACUGACGCGGAAGGUUAUCUCGUGGCCUCGACUGAUGACGGUAUGUUUACCGAUAAUAGAUGGCGCUGCACAUCCACUUAUGAGGCAAACUGGUUCAUGGGCACUUAUGAUGAUAGUGCGUGGCCAAUAGGCUACACGUACAACCCUGAUCCAUACUGGGCCCCGUUCGUAUUCAUGUAUGGAGUGUCGUUUGACGCCAAGUUUAUAUAUCAUUCUUCUACGACUGGAUCGCAGGCAUUUUGUAGAAUAAAGUAUGGCACGUGUGGAGAUCCUGGCGAAGCUCCGAACUCAGAGCGUUUUGUGUUGAGCUACAGAGAAGGCCAAGAAGCGAGCUAUUAUUGUAAAACCACGGAUGGUUACUCUCAUACGGGCGGUAGCGCAACAAGAACGUGUCAAAAUGACGGUACUUGGACUGGGUCACUUAUUGAGUGCACAUCACCGACAACAGCAAACACUGCGACGCCACAAGAGGCACAAACGACAACAGAAGCACUUACGACAACAGAAGCACUAACGACAACAGAAGCACUAACGACAACAGAACCCCUGACAGCAACAGAAGCACUAACGACAACAGAAGCACUGACGACAACUGAAGCACUGACGACAACAGAAGCACUAACGACAACAGAAGCACACACGACAACUGAAGCACUGACGACAACUGAAGCACUAACGACAACAGAAGCACUGACGACAGAAGAACAGACAACAGCAGAAGCACUAACGACAACAGAAGCACGGACGACAACAGAAGCACUGACGACAAUAGAAGCACUGACAUCAACAGAAGUACUGGCGACAACAGAAGCACUGACAACAACAGAAGCACUGACAACAGCAGAAGCACUAACGACAACAGAAGCACUGACAACAGCAGAAGCACUUACGACAACAGAAGCACUAACGACAACUGAAGCACAGACGACAACUGAAGCACUUACGACAACAGAAGCACUAACGACAACAGAAGCACUGACACUGACGACAACAGAAGCACUGGCGACAACAGAGACACAGACGAUAUCAGAAGCACCGACGACAAGAGAAGCACAGACGACAACAGAAGCACUGACACUGACGACAACAGAAGCACUGGCGACAACAGAGACACAGACGACAUCAGAAGCACCGACGACAAGAGAAGCACAGACGACAACAGAAGCACUGGCACUGACGACGACAGAAGCACUGGCACUGACGACAACAGAAGCACUGGCGACAACAGAGACACAGACAACAGAGGCACAUACAGCAGCAGAGGCACAGACAACAGAGAGACAGGCGACAUCAGAGGCACUGGCGACAACAGAGACAUGGACGACAUCAGAGGCACUGGCGACAACAGAGACACAGACGACAGAGGUACAUACAGAAACAGAGGCACAGACAACAGCAGAGGCACUGACAGCAAUAGAGACACAGACAACAACAACAGAGGUGCUGACAGCAUCAGAAGUACAAACAACAACAGGAUUAACCGCAACCUUGACAUCAACGACACCUACUGGGACCACCGUUCUAACAGGCUUGACUACCUCAGCACCAAUGGAUACAACUACACAAAGAAUAAUGAACGCAACUACCUCUGAUCGGGGGCCCGGUGUUGAAGUAAUAGCUGGGGCAGCCGCAGCGGGGGGUCUUGUGGUUAUAACUGCAGGAACUAUUCUAUUAUGCUACAUAUGCAAGAUGAUGAACAUGAAAAACAAAGUGACACCUUUGAAAGCAUAGAUUUGGAUUUACCUCAAACAGUUUUUGUCUAUUUAUAGAUGUCGUUGAAACGAAUACAGUGUGUGUUACUAUAAA